AUGAUCGGGAAACUCCGUGAGGAGGUCGAUGUGAUAAAGGCGGAGUCCUUGAAAUGGAAAGGAAAUAUGGACAGCUUUGCUGCAGAGAAAGAGGCUGCCCGAGCCCAAUUAUCAUCGGCCAAAAGUCGACUUCAAAGUCUGAAGGAAAAAAGCUUGGUUCAAGUAAGGAAAACAGAGGAGCUCGAGGCUCGGUUGGCUUCUAAACUUGCCAAGGCUAAAAAGACAAAGGACGAUGCAGACGCAUUUGUGGCUGUUUAUCGGGCCGAUGCUGAAGUCGCUCAAUCACAUGCGAGAGAGAUACAUGCUCGAGGCUUCUAUCUUACUGAAGAGAUAACAACGGCAAGAAAGCUUGAAGCCGAUGAUGGGGCCUUGGCCUCCGAUGAUGAUGAUGAUGAUGACGAUGACGAUGACGGGAGCAAGAGCGGGUCUAAGAGUGGGGAUGAGCCCGAUGAAGAAAAGACUGCUCCU